AAAUAAGCUAUCGAGUGCCUUCAAUUAUCGAAUAUAUUAACGCCAAUGGUGAACAAUAUAAUUCAUUCAAACUUAUGGCAAUAUAAUGAGAACGCGAAGUUCGUCUGCUGUCGAAUCUGACCUUCCAAGUAAAGAAAAGCAUCCUCGCAAGCCCCUGUGCCACAAGAACAGCACGCACAAAGAUCAUAUUCGGGAUAUCGGGGACUCGAAGGCAGAUGUCCAGGACGAAGGUGUCCUUAGCUUAGAAACCAAUGAGCAAGAUGGACUUCCACAAGAAGUUUAUAUUAAGAGCGAGCCCUUAUGCGAAGAUCUUUGGGAUGUCCUGGACGAGCUGGGAGACAUACUGGAUGAAGAGCACGCCGACAUGUCAAUUAAGAGGCAGGGAAAAAUUAUAGACAUGAAGCAAGGCGAAAUUGUGGAUAAGGAACAGGGCGUCAGUAUCUAUAAGGAGGACGAGUUGGAUGAGGAAGAAGUGGACGUGCCACCGGCGCCCUCCAUUUCACUUACCGACGAUACCUCUUUAUUCACCAGAAGAUCCAGACGAGAGGCCGAUGUUCUUCCCUUCAGCUUUAAUGGGGGUUUAUACAAGUCGGGAGAAAUUUCUUCAAGUAAAGAAAGCCGAUCUGCAGAGAAGAAACCAGUUUGUAGUAAUAUUUUACCUGAAACCUUAGUCCGGUUCCAAAACUCUCCAGAACAGAGCUCAAAACGCUGCAUUAUUAAUGCUUUUCUCGAACGACGGUUAUCCUCAGAGAAUAAGAUAAAUCGAAGAAGCACCCGCAGCACACCCAAGGAAAAAAGUGCCUCACAAAGAAAAUUGGUUAGUAGCAGCCGCAUCCCAAGGUACAGACACAGAAAAUGGAGGAACUCCAGGAGCCCAAAAAUACCCAAACAUGGCUUAAGUCCGCCCAUCCACAGAAGACGAAGCAGUCAAUCUAGAGACCACAUUAGGUCCCGAAGGCGGAGCUCCUCUAGGGACCGACUCGAGCGGUGCCGCGGACUUUCAUCUAGGCGCAAACUUAGCUCAAGGUCCCUGAGCCCAGAUUGUAGAAGUCGUUCCCGUUAUGUGGGAAAUAGUCCUUCAGGUAGAGGGUCAAGGGAUGCGUCUCCCUGUAUUGGGAGCCGUCACAGAUCACGAAGAUCCCCAAGCGUUGGAUGGAGGCGUGCCUCGAGGAAUUCGCCGGUACACCGCUCUCGGUAUCGGACAAGGAGUACCUCUAGGUCAACCAAAAUUGCGGUGCAACAUCAAAUAGAAACCAGGGCUCACCGGUGCGGUCGAUCGAGAAGCAGAUCCCGAUCUGCAAGGAAAACCCUCCAAAAGUGUUCCAGAAGCAAAUCCAAAUCAGCAAGAAUUACGCAGCAGGAGCUUUCGAGAAGCGCAUCUAACUCGCGAUCAAAGAGUAAAAACAGGCCAUCGAAGACUGUGGCUUGCCAACAUUCAAGAAGCGGAUCCAGCAGUCCCCAGAAUCGCCUUCGGAAACGCUCGAGGAGUAGCUCUCAGCCUGCACCCACCCAACAGCUGAAUACAUUUGAAAAUAGGCCCAGGGUGCCAGGCAUAGUUACUAGGGUAGUCGAGCAGAGGCAGCCACUUGACCAACCAUCGCCGCGCCCCAUUUCUCCAAUGGUUACACUUCACGACAACCGACCUAGCCGGCCAAAGGAGAUGCUCCAGUACCUGCUUCCUACCCCAAAUGUUCCACAAAUCGUCUUCACGCAGACGCACUACACCCAUACUGAGUACAGUUCGCAUGCGGGCAACGAUCCCAGUUCCUACGGGCAGCGUUUUCCGGAGCUGGGGCCGUACGAUCUGCGCCACCGCUUGUCCACGACUCGUUCACUUUAUUACGUAGGGCCCAACGAUCUGCGGCACAGUAUCGGGGAAAUCUACUCGCCCCAACCCGCUCUCUAUGCCUAUACCGAGUGGCCCACGGGGGUAACUGAGCAGUACGACCACAGUAGUUACUUCUGAAAGGCUCUUCCAUAUGAUUAACAAUACAUUUUAUUACGUGCAAAACAUACGACAUAGU